AUGAACUGUGCAUGGCCGGCGGCCAGACCUUGGUGGGAAAUCGACGGAAGUGAGGCUUACGUGAAGGACAUGAUCGCUGUCGGGGGUUUCGGGACGGUGUUCGGAGGAACUUAUAGAGGGAGAGAUGUUGCAGUCAAGUUUCUGGAGAGGAAUUCAGAGGGUCGAUCCAUGUUUCAUCGAGAGGUGUCCUUCUGGUGCGGUCUCAACCACCCUAACAUUGCUAAGUUCAUAGGAGCUACAUACCAUACGUCGCGCAUCGGAUUUAGAGGGCCGAGGCUGGCAAAUGUAUGUUGCAUAGUCUCGGAGUAUUAUCCAAGAGGUAGCUUGUCUUCUUAUCUUUCGAGGCACCGGUCCAGCAUGCUCUGCGAGGACGUCAUCCGGAGAAUGGCGCUCGAUGCGGCGAGAGGGCUGAGCUACCUUCAUGAAAGGGGAAUCAUCCAUGGAGAUGUGAAGCCAUCCAACUUGCUCAUGGAUACGACUGGUACCGUGAAAAUUAUCGAUUUCGGCCUAUCUCAUAGAGCAGAUCAUUACAAUUCGUCCGAAGUAGGCGGGACCAUCUAUUACAUGGCCCCCGAGGUCAUCAAGGACGGGACGUCCAGCCCGAAAGCAGAUGUCUACAGCUUCGGGAUCACCUUGUGGGAGAUUUGCCACAACGAGAUGCCGUACAAGGACGUGAAAACCAAUUUGGUUGGUUGUCAAAAACUGGCAGAACGUGAGGCCGGAGAUAUCCAAGAGAUGUCCGAGAAAAUUCGCGAGCUUGAUGAAGAAGUGUUGGGACGCAAACCCGCGAAAGAGACCGAGUAUGAAAGACGUGGUGUACAAGUUAAUUCCCUGAAAACGUUGCCCAGAGAGUCCAAGAGGAGCAGGAACAUGUUCGAUGACUGGGUCUUUUGGGGCCAUGUCUCUCCCUCCAUGUGUAUUAGUAAGUGA